CUACACAAAAGAAAUAGCGGAAAAAGCACAGAACGAAGAAAGCCUGCCACUGCUUACGAAGAUGGCGGAUAUAAUAAUCCUUGCUUCAUUCUGAUUGGUCGCUAAGCCGACUGCCGCGUUUACGAAAUCGAGUUGCGUUUAAUUGCAGCCCUAUCCAUCCCGCAAGGUGUCAUGAGUGUAAUUGCAUCAAUCAAAAGUAUUGAUGAACUUUUAAAGGAAGUCAAAAAAUAUGAAGGAAAAAGAAUAUUUAUCCUGUUCUGUGGUACACCUCUGUCAGAUGGGACUAACUGGUGUCCUGAUUGUGUGAAAGGUGAACCAAUAGUAAAAGAAGCUCUUAAAAAAUUACCAGAAAAUGCAGUUUUCCUAAAAGUAGAAGUUGGAGAUCGAACUGCUUGGCGUGAUCCUAACAACGUGUUUAGAACGCACCCGAAAUUUCGAAUAAAUAGCAUCCCUUCAUUGAUCGAGCUUAACACUAUGAAAAGAUUGUCAGACAAAGAAGUUGUACAAUCUAAUCUCGUCGAGCUCAUGUUCGAAGAUUAGUUACACGAAGUCAUUUACUUUCGUUAAUUUCUUAUAUUUUUUGAACAUUUCAAAACUGUUUUUGUAUUCCUUCCGAUAAAUAAAAUUCGUAUAAUAAAAGUGCAAACUUCAAACACGGGAAAAUUUCUACUACCGAAUAAUUUUCUAAACAUAUCUAAGUUGAUUUCAUACUAACUUGUACCAAUAAAGUGCUUUCUAUAUUACUGUUACGAUUGACUCUGAACUCGAUGAAGAGAGAAAAAAUCAGAUCUAGGUUAACCAAAAGUCUAUGGAACGGUCGUAAGCAGUGAUGGGCAACGAAAGCAAAAGAGAUGGAAAGGACGGCGACUGUAAUUAACACCAGGCAGCUUUUCAGACUAAUAAACGAAGCUGGAAUUAGGAAGUUAAGUGCGAGACGAUCUCGGAAAAAGACGACAGUCUUAUCUGCUCUCAGCCCCAACGUUUAAAACGAUGGACGGAACACUUUAAUGAGCAGUUCAGCUGACCUUCAGCUACUCUACAACUAUUCACCAUUUCUAAACAGCUUGAAUGAAACGCUAAAAUAGGUCCCCUGACUUUAAUUGGAGUUCAUAAUGUUGUAGCUAAUUUCAAACGGGAAAGAGCAGCUGGUCUACAUGGAUCGGCUCUAGAGGUCGUUAAGGAUGGUGGUCCAGAUUAAGCGAUUAGGUUAACUGAUAUUUUCGCUCAUAUCUGGGAACUGGACGUAAUCCCGAGUGACCGGUCGUAAUCACUGAUCGUCCCAAUAUAUAUAAGAAGGGAUCAUAAUCCUGUGAUAAUCAUAGAGGGACUAGUUUAACUUAUAUAACGUCUAAAAUGCUAUUCCCAAUAGUGAUCGGAUGCCUAACAAAGAAGCGUGGACUGAAAACACUAAAAAAUCAAACUGGCUUCAGACCUGGUCGUGGCCGCAUCGACCACAUAUUCACCAUUCGCCACGUUUAAGAACACAGGCAUGCUUAUCGGCAUCUGACAAUGAUAGUUUUUCUUGACUUAAAAGCUGCAUUUUACUCUGUACAACGAGAGCUUCUGUGGCAGUGUCUCUCAUUCAAAGGUGUACCUCAGAGGUGCAUAAACCUUGUGAAGGCUUUUUACUCGAACACUACCAGUCGAGUCAGACUUUAUGGUGAACUGUCAUGCGAUUUUGCAACCUCAAGUGGUGUCCGACAAGACUGUCCACUAUCUCCAUUUCUUGUCCAACUUCACCAUAGACAUACUGCUGGAAAUAACACUCGUAUUCUAAACUUUGAGGAAUUGAUUUCGUUCCAGGAGGUCCACUCAUAGACUUAAAAUACGCAGAUAACAAUCCUGUUUGUUGAAGACGCUGAUAAAAUGCAGAGACUUUUGGUAACAAUGAACGACAAUGUCAGAAUGUUUGGGGUGUACUUCUUUACCUCUAAAUACAUGUUGUUGCUUCAAGAUUGGCCUGCGUUAACACCUGAACUAAGGAUAGCGAGUGAAGUAGUCGAAUCGUGAACAACACCACUUAUCUUGGAAGUCUGAUCAGCCCUAAUCAGUUGGUGUCUAACGCAAUCUUUACAUGGAUUCAGAAAUCUCGUUUGGCUUUUGCCAACUUACGUCACCACCUAUGACGAAGGAGAGAUAUCCGUCUACCAAUUAAAGGACCAAUAUACUGCGCAGUAGUUCGUUCUGUCCUACUUUACGGCUACGAAACGCGGCCAUCAAGAGUAGAGGAUACUUGUAAGUUACUAAUAUUUGACCACAGAUGUCUUAGAAAUAUUGCUCGUAUCUGUUGGGAUCACCAGGUAAGUAAUGGUGAGGUUAGACUCAGGCUCUCAGUAAAUAAUAAUAAGUCAGUUGAUGAGGUUGUGAACCUUCAUCGACUGAGAUAGUUGGGUCACGUAUUACGCAUGCACAACCACCGACUACCACGGCGCUCAAUGCUGCUGACUAGUACUGGAGACGGGUGGAAGAAAGUUAGGUGCGACCGAACCAAAACGUCGCAUCAGUUCAUAAAGCCACUAACUUCUGGUCUGAGUCAUGUUGGUAGAUGCAAACUUAUUUAUUUAUUUAUUUGAACACAUAAAUAUUGGUGCAAGAGAGCGCUAAUAUAUAUGCGCCACACAAAACAAUGAGAAUUCGAAGAGAAAUAGAAAAAAAAAGAGAACAAUAACGAAGAGAUUGGUGUAAGGUAGUGUGGUGGUAAUGAGGGAACGCAAAGGUACAAUCGGAAGAAAUCUUUCAGGUAAGGGAGAGAACCACUUUUUAUGAAGAAAGUAAAAGAAGGUUACAGCAGGAUCGCCACUCGCUUCUAUUCUGAGCCAUACCUGAUAACGUCUCUAGCCACUGUGUUGCACCAUCUCUCAGACUCCAACCAGGGAGUCGUGAAGGACCGACAGAAGCCAGUCCUUUGCAGCUUUCUUUCAUACCACGACACCAUGUCAUAUACUGACCACCUCCGCUUCUUCCAACCAGUCCCAGAGUCGGCAAAUAAUGCACGACGUGUAAUUCUCUGGGACGACAUUCGUAGGACUUGUCCAAGCCACCGAAGUCGGUGUUUCAAGAUGGUGACACCAAUUGCAUUAUCGUCUCUGUGUCCGAACACAAGAUGCCGAACCUCAGCAUUACUGACAUGGUGUUGCCACUGAAUGUCAGCAAUCCUUCGGAGACAGCGAUGAUCGAACACAGAGAGUCGUCUAACGUCCUCAACUCGGAGAGGCCAGGUUUCACAAGCAUAGAGCAAAACUGCUCUCACAGACGCGUUGUAGAUCCGACCUUUUACAGCCAGACUAACAUCACGAAGGCGCCAAAGGUGGCCCAGAUUGGCAUAAGCCGCUCUGGCUUUCACUAUACGUGCAUUGAUCUCAUCACUCACACCCCCACCAUCACUCAUACAGCUACCCAGACACACGAACUUCUCGACUACUUCUAUCUGCUCACCAUCCAGAGUGAGUGCAGGGUUAGAAUCCUGCCAGUCUUGUAGAAGUACUUUGCACUUCGAAGGUGCAAAGUACAUACCAUACUGAUUGCCAACUGAUUAAGUGCGGAUUGCAUGCCUUGGGCAUUGUCGCACAGUAAGACAAUAUCAUCCGCAUACUCAAGGUCGAGAAGUCUUUCUCCAGGCAACAGAUCCACACCACCAUUACUUACAUUCAUCAGAGCUGUUUCCAGAAUGUCAUCGAUGGCAAAGUUGAAGAGGAAUGGUGAGAUUGGGCAACCCUGUCUAACCCCACUGCCCGAAUGGAACAAUAGAGAAAGGUGGUUGUAUGCCCUCACUCUGCCUGAGGUGUUUGUAUAUAGGGCUUUUAGGAUGUUAAUAAACUUCUCAGGUACACCCUUCUUCAAUAGACAAUCCCAGAGAACAGUCCUAUCCAAUGAAUCGAAGGUAGCCCUGAUGUCAAGAAACACUACGAUUGUUGGCCUUUGAUAAGUAUGGCGGUGUUCUAACAUUUGGCGGAGGGUGAAGAUAUGAUCAAUACAUCCUCGACCCGAACGAAACCCAGCCUGCUCCUCACGAGUCAAUCUUUCUCGGGUUUUGAACAACCUACGAAGUAUGACGGAAGCCAAUAGCUUGGACGCAAUCGGAAGUAGACUUAUCCCCGAUAGUUGUUACAGGAACGACGUGAACCCUUUUUAAAGAUAGGGACAACUAUCGACUCAUUCCAUGACGUUGGUACACUCUCUAGUUCCCAAACCUUUGUAAACAACAUCGUCAGUUCUUUAGUCAGAAAGUCACCAUCAUCUUUAAAAAGAGCCGGAGGUAAGUCAUCUGGGCCAGGUGAUUUGUAGCGUUUCAAGAGUUGGAGUUCCUUGCGGACUUCCGCCUCAUUUGGUGGAUCAGUCGUCACCGGCCAUGGAGGGCAGGACGGUCUGACCGAUGUUGCCGGAGCAGCAGGCCAGUUGAACUGCCCUUCGAAAAAUUCUGCCCAUCGUCCAAGACGUCGAUGGAUGUUAGUGAUUGGCAUCCCGUCAUCCUCGCAGAUUGUUUCAUUCACACUAGACUUCUUGCUGCCAGUGGCUCGGAUGAGUUGGAAGAGCUUCCGGUAAUUACCAGAUGCAGCUGCUGCUUCCAGCUCAUUAGCACGCUCCGACCACCAGGCUUCUCGGUCCUUACGCAAGGUUUGCCCAAUUUCAUGACGUAACAUCCUUCGUUUGUGGUCAAACUCACGGUCACCCGGAGUAGACCGACGGGCUUCAAUGAGUUGUAAGGAACCAGAAGAAACCCAGUGCUUAUAAGCGGGACAUUUCGCGAACCCACAACUGACUGUACCCACCAUUUUCAUGGCGUCAUGCAAUUGCAACCAAUGCUCAUCUAUACUUUUCAGUGGAAUGGUAGCUAGCCUAGAGGCUAGCUCGGUUCGAUACUUACUUGCAACAGAAGUUGCAACCAGCUUGCUAAUAUCAAUCCGUUGAUGGCGGUCACUUCGUUGUCCACUGAAAAGUAAGGCAAGAUUGGCGCAGACCAAGGCAUAGUCAGAGUCCAGAUAGGUACUCCAAAAGGAGCGGCAGUCUUGUACACAACCACGCCAGCGGUAGCUGAUCGCGAUGUGAUCAAUCUGAGUCCAGGCUUGAGAUGCAGAGGGAGGACGCCAGGUGGCACAUCGGCGAUGACUGUGCCGAAAGUUAGUGCUAGCCAGAAACAGGUUGUGGUCUGUGCAAAGUUGCAGUAGAUGGUCCCCGUUAUCUGACCUGCGACCAACGAGUCCCCAUCGGCCACCUAAACGACUCUCUUCUGUGCCUAGAUGCCCGACCUGAGCAUUCAAGUCUCCGGCUAGUACCACAAUAUCUGUCGAACGCACUUUCUGGAGAAGAACAGAUAACUGGUGGUAAAACUCAUCCUUGAUUGCAUCUGGGCUGCAAUCUGUCGGAGCAUAGGCGGAGAUGACGAAAAGACAUUGUUUCUCACACCGAUUUCUUCUCACUUUGAUGGAACUCUCUAAUCUAGCAGCACAUAACCGACUGUUGAUGGGGAUCCAAUCGACCAGUGCUGCCUCAGCUCUAGCGCUUAGUGCGACACCAACGCCAGCAAGACCAGACGAAGAUACCACAGGGUCCCCGGAUAAGCGCACGUAAAACAAGCUUUUGAAUCGACAGAUGGAGAUCGAAUUUGUAGUACUUCACCAGAGUCUUGAAUACGGGUCUCGGAUAGACAGCAAACAUCGAUAUAAAGACUUUCCAAAGACAUAGCCAGCCCUAUCUGUUGUCCGACCUGGAUAAGUGUGCGAACGUUGAAGGCAGCCAGUUUGAAUGGUGCAUGUGGUUUAAGAAAAUCUGCUUCAGCACUCAUAUUCGGUGGUAACAUACAAUUUUCAACCGGACAGUGACUCGAGAACGUUUAGAUAGAGUCGAAUUUCCACCAAAGACGAGCUGCUGUAUAAACCGAAAAAUUAAGUAUAGACGGAGUAGGAAUAAAAGAGGGUGAAUAAUGAUGUAGUAAAUAAUAAUAAUAAUAAUAAUAAUAAUAAUAAUAAUAAUAAUAAUAAUAAUAAUAAUAAUAAUAAUAAUAAUAAUAAUAAUAGUGAUGAUAAUAAUUUGAAUCAUUUGAUUGUUAUUCGGAGCGAGAAAUGUAGUUUCCAUAGAUAUAGAGAGUUCAUCAUUUGCGUGUGGGCUGUGAUACUACCCGGGUGCCCGAACCGAAGCAGGUGGUUAUCUUAGGGGCCACUCCCCGAGCCUUUGACCUAAAGGUCUAACCCACAAGGCAGUGGAGCAUCGUAAGGAGAUGCAAUCCCAUGGUAGCCGGUGACCGAAAAUUGGUUCAUACGCCAUUUGUUCCCGCAGGAUACUGGAGCCCAUGUGCACCAUUGAUUUGUGAUCCGGUUAAAGCGCCGGACAUUCGCUUUUCGUCCUCUCAUUUUCGUAAACAACACCCCUGCCACGAGACGGCAAUGAGUAGGAUUUCCCUGGCAGAGGCUGUAUACGCGUGGCCGUGUGAGAGUAUUUCGAGAGGGAGAGCGGACUCUCCCCACUCUCGGCCGUACCAGGGCACUCGGGGGCAGAUGCAAACUACUUGGUUGGGGUCCGCGCGACUAUCGUAACCAAUGGUUGGAGACUCUGAGUGACAUGGCUCAGAAUCGAUCACAAUGGCGUAAGUGUAUACACUCUUUGUCUUCCCUUAAACAGUGAGAUUAAAAUUACUUUAUACCUUUCUUUCUACGAUCUAAUUAUUUCUCCCUGUAUCAUAUCCUUAUGUGUAACCUUUAUCUACAUAUACUACUGCCAUUGAAGUAACUGUGUCUAUGAAUUCGGUGUUCAUUCUGUCGUGCUAGUGAGGUAUGGCAACUUCGACCGAUGCACAUAUGUGCUUGGUCGUACGUUGUAAAUGACUGACUGACCUAUAAAAUGGGAAACUGAACAAUUGAAUUUCGUUGCCAUUUACUUCUGACGUUAGCCAUGUUUUUGGGGUAGCAUUAACAAUAGUGUUUUGUGCGUCUUCAACGUUCCUAAGCUUCACCAUUUUACUUUGCACAUAUGUGCUUGGUCCUACAUUGUAGAUGAAUGAUUGACUGACUCAUGAUUAAUAAAUGAUCUUAUGUAACUAGGCCGAAAUUCAUUCUACUUUAAAUUCUUCUAAUGAAGUUUUCAUAGUUUAGGAACGUAAAGAUCGCUUGACUAUUUAAGCCAAUGAUGUUUGCUCUUAUCACAUUUGUAUAAUACGAACUAAUAAGAAAUAUAUAGAUAGCUAAUGCUGCUUUAGGCAUUUUUUUUAAGAAAAAGCACAUCUGUUUAGGAGGUCGCAAUUGAAUAUAGUAAUCAACUGGAGUUGCUCCUUUCAUCCAAAUGAUUGAUAACAAGACAUCGUUUGUCAGCGAGACAAUCUCUGAUAUAGAUAGAGUUCCAAACAGCAGUUUUUAAGAAAGCUCAAAACUUGGCGUAAGUUACUUCAAAAAAUGUCUAAAUUGUUUAACUGCAGUUGUUGUUUGUCCCUUUACGCAUUAUGCAUUAUAAACCUUUAAAAAAUGUUGAAAUUUCGAUGUACCCACAUAGUGAUAGCCACAGUGGUAUAGUAAUGUUGAGCACCUUCAAUGCCAUCAUAAUCUUGGUUAACGUGACGAAACACUACUAAAUGACGGAUAGUUUUGAUGUUAGCAUGUUUUGGGACAUAAUUCCUCUCUUGAUAGUAUCGUAAUUGUAGUGGAUUUGAGGAAAUUGUGACAUGGUAGUGUAUAGAUCGAAUUGGACAGUAAUAUGCACACUUCAUAAAUCAUAGAAUUCAGUUUCGAUGAAAUAAGCUGUACAUUAUAUUUUCACUUGAACUACAUUUCACUGCAAUUUUUGUUAUUGCUGUAUUGUUUUCCGCCUUUUCACAAACAUUUAAUCUCGUUUACAUGUGAAACUACCUAUUCGCCCCCUUUUUUAAAAAGCAUCUUUGUAUUAUAAAUAAAAUAAUAAAUAAUAUUCACAAUUUUCUAACUUCUCGUUUCUUUCGGUUGCUUGUUUGAUGGGCUUGUAAAAAAAGUUUAAAUUAUUCCAGUUAGUUUCGUGGAUAGACACACAUUAAAUCUGGUUAAUUAAAUAUUUUUAAUCAAUAUGAUUACCUUAAGAUUAACAUUUGAUUGUGGUGUUUAAUAAGGAGUGGAACGUCUAGAACACUAAGUUUUAAGGAAGUAAUUUAGACUAUGUAAAGCAAGGUAAUAUUUAGUUAGAAUGCUAUUUUCGGUGACUACUGCGAUCAUUGCAUUCUCUUUUCCUCAAACGGUAGUCAAACUUAUCGCAUAUGCUUAAUUUCCUGAAUAAAUUAAUAUUUCCAGACAAACCGUCUAUGCAUCUUGGUAUUGUAUAUUAAAAUAGUUGGAUUACUAUGGUAGUAUCUAUUUGCAAUCCCCAUUAUAAUUUACUUGCAUUGUUUAGCUAAAAUUGGAACUUCGGCUUUUAACUGUUUGCUAUUAUUUGUAAAUAGUCCUGUAAACUGAAUGCUUGGUUUCGGGUGUGCUUUUUGUUUCAUAGUGACAAAUCAAAUCAAAUAGGAUCUCAGUUUCUUAUACAAUAGUGAUUGAAAGUUCAUAACAAUAGAACACUUCCUUUUUAUGAUGGAAGUUGUACUCUACUCGUUAUUUGCAAAACAGAAUGUUUUGAAAAUACGUGAGUUUGAUCGAUGACUAUUCACCAUGAAAUCAAAGUGGUUGAUGUGUGAACAUUUAAUCCAGUGGUUUGCAAAAUAACGGAAUAACGAUAAUACAAUAUAAUUAUUGUAAUUAAAAAACUACGAUGGAGUUUUUCUGUUUCUAGGUGUACUAUUUUUGAGUUCUUGAUUUUUAGCAAAACUCUAUUUUAUUCCUUCUAUCUAUUACCUAUCUACACUAACCUUCGCAGUUAGCUUUGUUUUUUCCUUCUAAUCAACUUUGUGCAUCUGUUCUGUUAAGUUCUUUAGUUUAAGGGAAUAGACUAUUCUAUGAUAUUUCAAAUCAUUAUGUUUGUUUGGCUUUGUGACAAAAUAAUUAAGAGACUAGUGAUAAUAAUUCAUUCUUGUAGCUACAUUGCUGUCAUUAUACAAUAUACUGAAAAUAUUCGUCCAGAGUUAAUAAAUAAUUUCCUAAAGUAACUUGCAGUUGUAUCCACCAGGAUAAAAACUGUUUUUAAACAAGUGAGUAGAAAAAUCUCAGAAAAAGAUGUUUAAUAGAUUUCUUGUACAUGUUCUGUAAACCUCAUAUCUGAACACAACAUUCUGCCAAUAACAAAAUCAUACAUCCUAUGAAUUUCUGGAUGUGAUCAUUUAGUAUUUGAAACACUGGGCUUUUAAUCAUUGAUUCAAAAGUUCGAACCGUGCUCUAUUUGGAUUUUCUAGGUGACGAGUGGCUCGAAGCUGAUAUCAGGUGUGAAAUUGGUUAAGUUGUAUAAUUUGAUUACUUUUGAUAAAAUUCGAAUUUAUUAAAUAGGGUGCAUACAAAUAAUAAUUUGUUUAAUUCUGCUGAUGAACUUUGGUCACAUCGUUUAAUUACUUAUUUGAUUUUAGAAACAUAAACUGCUGCAUAUAAUAUAUUGAUGUAUUUUGACCCUUUGUACACUUAAAUCAGUUCAAUAUCACAUGGUUGCUAAUCUUGUAAUUUGGUGGUAAUGAAGUCGUUUCUGCACAUGAUGACUAAACGAUAGAAAAAUCUUUGGUUUUGGAAUUUCUUUUCAAUUAGUUUUUCAUCAUGGCUCAACACUAAUGAAAUAAUACUCGUCGAGUAGAUACACUGCGUAAUAAUUAUAUAAUUACAUGUCGAUUAUAAACUAACAUUGAGUAAUUGGAAGAAAGUGGAUUAUAAUAACCAAAGUAAUUAUUCAAGAAUAAAGCAGUUGCUACGUUGCAUAAUAUAUAAGAAGAGAAGGAAAUAACAAAAUAUUUUGAUGAAUGGUUAGUAGUAUAGCAGUUAUGUAAGAAUUAAGAAACGAAUGUCGAGAAUAGGUAUAAUACAAAAGUGGGAGAAAUACAAAAAUAGUUCUGCUAAAAACUUUUCUAUACCGAUGACCAAGGUAGCGAUAGUGGUUGUACAAACUUCUUUUCGAUGCAAAGGGUUGGUUUGUAAACAUGGAUUCCAAUGGCUUCAGCAAUGUGCAAAAGACGAACUCGUAAACCAUGCGGAAAAUUUGAUGGAAUAUGGUGGAUAACCCUAAAAGCUUUAUUCUUGCUCACUUGGUGGACACACGUCAUCAAGUUAGUUCCUUCUUUUUUAUAUAAUAUGCAACGUAGCAACUGCUUUAUUCUUGAAUAAUUACUUUGGUUAUUAUAAUCCACUUUCUUCCAAUUACUCAAUGUUAGUUUAUAAUCGACAUGUAAUUAUAUAAUUAUUACGCAGUGUAUCUACUCGAUGAGUAUUAUUUCAUUCGCUCGAUUCGUUCCUUCUUUAUUUACCAAAUCUUUGGUCGUUUCUCGUGAUUGUUAAGAAGUAAUGAUUUUAUCCGACUCCUCAUUUAUUGUCAUAUAUUUCGAUAAAUCAGAUAACAAGUUUCUAAUAAACCAUUCACUAGCGUUGUUGAGAUGUCCCCAAUCGGGACGCUGUUUUAUACAAAAACAUUCACUAAAAGUGAAAGGAAAUCUGGUUAGCAGCAAGAUUUAAGUCAGUGUCCUGUUUACUCGGUCUAGGACAUCCAGCUAACUGAAGAGGUCCACAUAUAUUAUUUUUGGAAUUAAAGUGUAGGCGUAUAUGGGGAACAGUGGCAAUAUUUUCAGUCAGAACUCCCUUAGAAAUAUAUUUGAUAUGUGGACGUGCUCCAAAGUAUUUCAUGAUUUUGUUCCUUUCCGUGAUCUCGAUGCAUGCUUUUUUUCACGAUGAUAAGAUUUUUUCAGUUUACUUAAGCCAAUAAUGUUAGCUGGAAUAAAAUAUAGAAAAAUUAAGAAAAUGUGACAAAAUAAUUAUGUUCGUGAUGGAUGCUUACUUUUGGAUAUUUUUUAGAAACCGUGACAAUCUGAUUUUUUUCUUCUAAUACAAUCAAACUUACUCAUUGUGUGACGAAUACAAAAUAAUACUAUAAUUUUUGAGGUAAACGCGAUUGAUUUACCUUUGGAAAGAAACGUAGAUAAAUCUGCACCAAAUGAAAUAUUUUUGAUCAUAAGCUAAUCAAUCAUGUUGUGGAGUAUACUAUCUUCAUUUCACCGGUUUCAUUGCAAUUUUGUUCAAACUUUAUGUCAUCAGCAUCAUUUACUUGGGAUUAGAGUAAUGCCAAGUUGUUCACGCUUAAUAAUAAGAAGUUUAUCGAGUGGAUCGAAUAUCUCUAGUAUUGAUGAGAAACCGGAAGCUCCAAAAGCAGAUUUCGUGCACCGACAUAUUGGUCCAUCUGAGAAAGAUAUCAAUCACAUGCUCCAAUUUUGUGGUUUUAAUAGAAUUGAAGAUUUUAUAUCCAAAGUAGUACCAGAUAGUAUAUCACUAAAAAGGGAUUUGAAAUUAGAAAAUGAAACAAGUGAGGCAGACCUCAUCAGGCGUUUAAAGUUGCUCAUGAGCAAGAAUGAAGUUUGGCGUUCUUAUAUUGGACAAGGAUAUUAUGGUACUAUAACACCAUCUACAAUACAACGUAAUAUAUUUGAAAAUCCCGGUUGGUACACUUCCUACACACCAUACCAACCUGAAAUAAGCCAAGGUCGUUUAGAAUCACUAUUUAAUUAUCAGACGAUGAUAUCAGACUUAACGGGUUUGGCGAGAGCAAAUGCAUCACUGUUGGAUGAAGGUACAGCAUCUGCAGAAGCAAUGUGUAUGGCAGUCAGAUAUACAAACAGAAAAAAGUUUCUCCUCGAUAGGAGAUGUCAUCCACAAACUAUGAAUGUCGUCACAUCUAGAGCAAGGAACCUUAAUAUUGAAAUUGAAGUUGUUUCCAUAGACAAUGUAGAACACGUAAAAGAAAUUAUUAGUACUGGACAGUUCUCUGGAUAUCUACUACAGUAUCCAGAUACAGAAGGUAAUAUAUGGGAUGAGAAAAUACGUGCAGUUGCUGAAAUAACGAAAUUAAAUAAGCCUGUUACCUAUCGUGGAGGAGCAUAGGCCACCCACCAGCAUUCUCCAUCCAUGUCCUGGGCAAUCCUUCCCAAUUGUUAUUCAUCCUUUUCAUAUCCGCUUCCAUUCCCCGACGUAGCGGGUUCUUCGGUCUUCCUCUUUCCCGCUUCCCUUCAGGAUUCCAAGUUAGGGCUUACUUCGUGAUGCAGUUUGGUGAUUUUCGUAAUGUAUGUCCUAUUCACCUCCAACAUCUUUUCUUAAUUUCCUCUUCAGUUGGAAGCUGGUUUGUCCUCUCCAAGCCAACGGAUAUUAAUUAUUUUGCUUUGACAACUGUUUAUAAAUAUUGUAUCUUUUUAGUGAUGGCUGUAUUAGUUCUAAAUCUGAAUAAAUUUUCCACUAUUUGUUCUAUUACUUGAUGAAAAUUGUAAAUAAUUUCAGACACUUCUCAUCACAGCAACCGACUUGUUGGCUCUUACACUUAUUGAAUCACCUGGUAGUCUAGGUGCUGAUAUAGCUGUUGGAUCUUCACAACGUUUCGGAAUACCAAUGGGUUUUGGAGGACCCCAUGCAGCAUUUAUUUCGUCAACUGAAGCACUUACCAGAUUAUUACCAGGAAGAAUAGUCGGUCUUUCUAAGGAUGCGAUGAACCAACCUGCGUAUCGACUUGCCUUACAAACGCGGGAACAACAUAUUCGUAGAGAUAAAGCCACAAGUAACAUCUGCACAGCUCAAGCAUUACUUGCUAAUAUGGCUGCUUUCUAUGCAGUUUAUCAUGGGCCGGAAGGAUUAAAGCAAAUAGCUUCACGUAUCCAUAGAAAUACUUUACGUUUAGUAUCAGCUCUAGAAAAUGCUGGUUAUAAGAUUGCCAAUCAGACUGCGGUAUUUGAUACAAUCAAAGUAUUACCAAAUUCUAAACCAAAUUGUCUUCAGUCUAUUCGAAGAAAAGCAUUUGAAAAACGAGUGAAUCUCUUAUACUAUCCAAACGGUGGGGCAGUUGGUUUAUCAAUAGAUGAAACUCUAACUGUUGAAGAUUUUAAUGACCUAAUGUACCUUUUCGGAGCAACUCUAGUGAAGCCUCAGGAACAUUCAAUUUUCGCUAUCAACACAUAUCCUAAUCUGAUACGUAAAAAUAGCUAUUUAACACAUCCUGUAUUCAAUUCAUUUCAUUCGGAGACUGAAUUAUUACGAUAUAUGAAAAAACUCGAGAAUAAAGAUAUUUCUUUAGCACAUUCUAUGAUACCGUUAGGCUCUUGCACUAUGAAAUUAAAUGGUACUACUGAACUACUUGCUUGCUCAUGGGAUAUUGUCAACAAGUUGCAUCCUUUCGUACCGAAAAAUCAAGUUACUGGUUAUUUGGAAUUGAUUGCACAACUGGAAAAUGACAUCAAAGAGAUAACUGGCUAUGAUUGUUUCUCUUGCACCGAAUAGUGGAGCACAGGGUGAGUACGCUGGAUUAAAAGCUAUCAGAGGAUAUUUGGAUAGAAAAGGUGAACAUAAACGUACAAUCUGUUUAAUCCCUACCUCAGCACAUGGGACGAAUCCUGCUAGUGCUCAAAUGGCUGGAAUGACUGUUAAACACGUGAAAACUACAUCGACUGGUAGUCUAGACAUGAACCAUCUAGAAGAACAAACUUCUCUAUAUAAAGAUCAUUUAGCAGCCAUUAUGAUCACCUAUCCAAGUACAUUUGGUGUAUUUGAUAGUAAUGUUCAAAAAGUGUGUGAAGUCGUUCACGAAGCUGGUGGACAGGUUUUUAUGGAUGGUGCCAAUUUGAAUGCACAGGUAUUACCGCUUUAUUUUAAUAACUCUUAAUGUUCAUUUCUGCCAAAUAACAUAUACCUCAAUAAGUACUUUGUAAAAAAAAUUCACUGAUUUUGCGAGUGAUUUUUACCAUGGUCUGUCUAGGUUUUUAAGUGCGCUAUCCUGAGGAGCCGUCAACUACAAUAAAACAGAUGUUCCUGGCUCCCUGAUGUCCAACUGUAGCAGAGAAAUUCUUUACUUUAAAAUUUUCAGAAUCACGAAGAAAUACAGAGCACCUUGCUGUCAUAUGUCUGAAAUCACUAAUUUUCGACUUUGUAGUACAUAAUAUUUUGCUCUUAAUUGGAUCACUGACAACAUGGUGAUGUUGCUUAAAUUCAGCAUUUAUAAGUAAGACAUUAAAAUCAGGAGGAAACGAUUAAAGUGUUACGGUUUCACCAAUACGAUAUUAAAUCAUUAAACACCUGAAACGAUUUCAGACUUCAUUUUAGUGAAUAUUAUCAGAUCUAUUUAUAUCGACUUCACUUUAUUUUCUUCGAUAUUUGAAUCAAUACACAAAUUUUAUUAUUCUGAAGACAUUUUGAGUAGGUUUCGAAAUUUUCACACAGAUUAAAACACACCGAUUUCCGUACGAAAACCUAAAGAAUAGAUGUCGUUUUAACUUCUCUCUAUUCGAGAAAUACAUAUCACUUUUUAAAUCAGAUCAAAAUCAAAGCUAAGUAGGAUUUGAUUUGUAUACAGAUGAAUUUUCAAAUCAAGUCCCUAUACUGUCGUACAUAGAGUCUUGGCACCAUUAGAGUCAAAACAUGUAACUAUAUGUCAGCCAACAGUUAUGAUUUUAUAAAACAAAUUAAUAAAAUUAAUACGACCAAGUAAAAUACUGCAAUCCAACUGGAAACAGAGCAAUAAACACACGCUGGGUAAUAGUAGGAGAGACACAACGAAAAUAAACCGAAAUCAAGGUUAAUCAUAUUUAUAGAAAAAAGAGGUCAGAUUCAAAGAUUGAUAGUUAAAUAAAAAUAAUAAUAAUAACCAGUUUGAGGUUAAAUGAGUCUUAAGUGUUGUCCGUCUAUUUUGAAUAUAAUCGAUCGAAGUUAACACCCUGUCCCGAUUUUUAAUUCUGAAAGGUUAUCAUAACUACAAACCUGUUUCAGAAACGUUUUCAGAUUUCACGUGAAUGAAGUGUUCUACAUAUAUUGUUCACUGUGAACUUCAAUAAAUAGACAGAAAUCUAAAUAUUUCAAUUCAUCAAGAAAAAAAGACGGUUUUUAAAUAUUCUGCAACACAUCACUGGAGGUAUUUUAUUGGCAAGAUCGUUGUAUAGGUUGGUGAUUGCAGUCUGUUUUAAUCUAAAAUCAUUAAGAGUUUACACAUAGUCUAACAAUAAUCGUUACAUUUUGCUUGACGACCUGAAAUCUACAUGUCUUAUGUGGCCUUAUAUCUGACUCCAGUUAAAUCAUAUUGUGAUUUUUAUCGAAAUAUACAUACAUCCCGGCUACCCUCGUAUAUAAUCAUCGCCUUAAAUCGCGUUAGUGAAUAACGGAAUUAAAUAAGUUAAAUACGAGAAUGGAUUUUGAGUACGUAUAUUUCAUACAAUCGUUGGUCUCAACAGACAAUCAAGGAAACGCAACCAAGGUAGGGAAGCAAAAUGAAACAAUACUCAGUGCAGAAGACGAGUGAACCAGCUCCAUUUAACCAAGCAUGACCCGAUAUUUAUAGUCAAACAAAAAUAGGUUACAGAUAUGUAGUGAGAAGGGUAAGGGAUUAACACACACGCUCAUAUAAAACAGUCAAGGUUAAUAAGCGGAUGAUUCACAAGGUUAAAAUGUGACCCAAGAAGAAUGAAUAAAUUGGUCCGUCUGGAAGUCAGAAUAACUCAUAUCGGCAUGACUUAGUACCAGCCUCUAUAUGUCAAUUGAUGUUUAUUACAAUUUUGUCUAACUAUACACUUAAAUUUUAAUUAAAGAAUUUUUAAAUAAGGGGUAUCAGUAUUCAAACAUGAGUAUUGUAUAGAUAUUCAUUUCAAUAAAAAUUUAUUGUCGUGAUAUCGGUUCACUGUUUGGCUGUAUUUGUAACCUAGAUCUAUAAGUUGGUAUUAUUAUUACUAUUAUGGACAGAGAGAAAUAGUUGUGGAAUUCCCUCUUCGUACGUCGAUUCAUCGAAACAUUCCUAUAAUGACGUCUCAAAAAAGAAACAAUUAAUAUUAAUGAGAUGAUUUCCCAUGGGUUAAAAAUCAGAAUAGGAAUCUGGAGACGAGAAUCAGUGAAUAAUAAUAAAUGUUCUUUAGUAAUUUUGAACUUGUUUGCUGUUUCGCGAAAUGACUGAUAUCAAACAAACGUCGAGGACAACGCGCUUGUGUCACCUUUGGUAGGGUAAACUAUGCAAACAAUUUAAGGAAGAUAUGAUCGCUUCUUUGUUGCUCACACUUAAAUGUGAGCAGUGUUUCAGGUAGGUCGUGUCCUAAAAAACUAAUAUAUAUAUUGUAGAGAAUAGGAAGGUGUUUUCCCUUUAUCCUUCAAAAUUAACUAGGUCGGUUUAUGUCGCCCUGGUGAUAUCGGUUCAGAUGUUUCGCACAUAAAUUUGCACAAGACAUUCAGUAUUCCACACGGUGGAGGUGGACCUGGUUGUGGCCCUGUUUGUGCCAAGUCGCACUUAGCACCAUUUCUUCCCCAGCAUUAUUUAUACGAUCAUACUUGUGUGGGUCGUUCUGGUCACAAAAUGAACACCGAAAAUAAAUGUUCUGAUCAUUUCGCAAUUUGUUCUGCUCCAUUUGGUUCUGCAAGCUUAUUACCAAUAUCAUGGGCGUAUAUGAGGUUGUUAGGCCCAAAAGGUAGAUGUUUCUAUUCAGAUUUCUUUUUUAUCUUUUGUUUUGUAUUGAAAUUCACUCUGUACGAAAAGGAUGAAAGUAAUUCCUUCCAUAUUUGAUCAAAAUCAUCAUGAAUUUUACGAGACCACGUGAAUCAAAUAAUGAUGAUAAAUUGAUAGCUUUAAGGUGAGAAAGGAAUUUAAGAUUUUAAACGCAACAUUGACCCCAGUAAUGUUGAAGUAUGGGGCUUGUUAAACUAUUCGUACAUUAAAUUUAAAGUGUUAUUCACCUGAAUAACGGUUUCUUAUUGAUUCUUUUCAACUAUGUAAUAGCGAGUGACUUGAACCUGAAUGAUUUACGUUAGAAAAUAUACAGCGAACUUAUACGAAUUCAUUAAUACUAUAGAUUAAACAAUAUGAUAUUAGCAGCACUCCAAGACUGUUUAAUUAUUGAAUUGGGAAUGAUCUACUGCAAAUUGCAGAAUGGUUGAUCACAAAAUAAAGUUCGGUACACAUAAAAGUAGAUAUACAUUUAGGUGACAAUGGUUUCUUACAACAGUUACGACUUUAUUUUAUAUUAUUCAGGAUUUUUGCGAUUUCAUAUGAAUCUUGGUAAUUACUAGUCAAAACUACUUUCUUAGUUAUUUCCAAAGAACGAUCCAGCUAUGUCCUGACGUUUAUGGUUUGAUUUUUCUUGAAAAUAAGUGGCUGAAUUUUUCUUGAUUAUAUUAUCAUAGGCUCUUAAGAUUUCAAACUCGGCUUUGAAGGUUGCACUCCAACUGAUCACAUGUUGACGGAUAGGAAUGAAUAUUACCAAUUUUUUUUGAGAAAGUUUUUAUUUGUGAUGCUGAUCAGGGUAGUGUAAGAUGAAGGUUGUAGAAAGUGUGAACGUAACAGUUAGCAUUUCGCGAAGUGAUAUAACUUUCCUUUCAAAUACAGACAAAUAAAUAACUGUUAUUGUCUUUACAGGUUUGAAGAGAGCAAGUCAGAUGGCUUUGUUAAAUGCUAAUUAUAUGCUCAAGCGUCUCCGAGAUUAUUAUAAUAUACGCUAUCUAAACAGCGCGGGGAUGUGUGCACAUGAAUUUAUAAUAGAUUGUUCACAAUUCUCUAAACAGAAUAUUGAUGUGAUUGAUAUUGCAAAACGACUAAUGGAUUAUGGUUUCCACAGCCCAACUAUGUCAUGGCCUGUGACAUCAAGCCUAAUGAUUGAACCCACAGAGAGUGAACCUAAAGCUGAGUGCGACCGUCUAUGUGAAGCACUCAUUUCGAUCAGAGGAGAGAUUGACAAGGUGACCAAAGGAGAGUGGGAUAUCGAAUGUAAUCCAUUAAAGAUGGCUCCACAUACUAUGGAAACAGUAAUGGAUUCGAAGUGGGACAGGCCAUAUACACGCCAAGUGGCAGCAUUUCCAGCCCCAUGGCAAAAUAUGAAAGAUGAAUCAACAAGUAAACGUUCAAAAUUGUGGCCAACUGUAAGUCGGCUAGAUGAUGUAUACGGUGAUCAACACUUGAUAUGUACGUGCCCUUCACUUCUGGGAAAUGAAACCAACUCCAAACUCUAAUUCUAAAUUAGCAUUAAACCUCUAGUGAGGAAACUUCAAGAUAAUUCAUGAAAAUAUUGAGCUUUUUUUAAAACCAAUCGAAUUUAAAUCAGGGGUUUACUACUAUUAAUAGCUGGUUUUUUGUGUAGAAAAACGUGUAGCUGAAAAAUAAAAUAUUCC